AUGUCUUCGGUAAAUAAGUUACUCAAACAGGCAAAAAACCUCGUGUCAGAUGAUCCAGAUAGCGCCAUUGAUAUUCUUCAAGACGCCUUGAAAAUCGAUCCUUCCUCUACCAACGCCUAUCUUUUACUUGGUAAGGCUUACAUUAUCAAGGAUGAAGUUGCCAAAGCAGAAAAAACUUUAGCUAAAUGUAUUGAGAUCGACGGAAACAACUUAAUUGCUUGGAAAGGUUACUUUUCAAUUGUGAAGAAUCAGCCUUCAAAUCUAGCAAAAUUUAUGGAUGUCUGCGGCAAAUAUUCUAAAGUAUUGGUCGAUUGUAAUGAAAGCGUUGUCGAGUUGACUAAACAAAUAACAUUAUAUUUCAAGAAAAAUGACGAUAAUUCAAAAGAAUUCAAAUGCAAAUAUUAUGAAUAUCUUAUUCCUGGAACACAGCUAGCUGAAAACUGUGGAUCACUAAUCGUUAGACCCGAAGACGCUCUUGAAAGAUUAUUAACUUUGAAAUUCGAAGCUCAGCUUGAAGAGAUAAAGAUCCAAUCUGAUAAAAUCAGACUUAAAAAUAACAAGGCUGCUACCGCUACAAAAAUCCGUGAAUUCAAACUAACGCUUUACAAAAAAUCACAAGUGGAAAAACUUUAUGAAUUAUUGAUUAACGUCACCCACGACGAUGAAAAAAGACAGAAUCUUGAAGAAGAUUUAUUGAAAUAUAAGUAUGAAGUGUUGUCAACUAUUGAGGAGGAAAAGGAGCCUGCUUUAAAAGAUCAAUACAAGAAUCAAGUGCUUGAUAUGGUCAACGGUAUGAUUGUCGUUAAUCAUCCAUCCAAAUUUGCUUGGAAUUUGUAUUUUGAUUUGAACGAUUUCAUCAAUAUUUCCGACAUUGACAUAGAUAAUAUUAUAAACUAUAUCAAACGAUUCAAUGGUCAUGGGUUGGCAAAUAUAAUCUACGCUUACAUGGCAUCUGAAAUUUCAACUUUUGAUAAACAAGUGUUUUUAAAGGUUAAAGAUGAAAUUCUGAAGAAAGAUAACAAUAAACGGAAUCACAAAAAUAAAUCCAGAAAAAACAACACAAAACUGAAAGUCGUUGAUGAUGAAGAGCAGUCUGAUAUCAGGGAAAGUGACACUACCACCGAAGAGUUACAAAAGGCUAAUCUUAUUGAAGAUUCGACCAAUGAUCAAACAUUAUCCGAGGAAGAAGUUUUAUCAAUCAUGGUAAACGGCUAUCAGUCUGGCAAAAAAUCAAAAAAUAGUGGGAAAGAUAGUCUUUUUGCCCACAGAAUCCUUACUUCGUAUUAUCUUCAUUUGCAAGAAUACGAAAGUGCAUUGAAUAUUUGUAAAACUGGAAUUGAUUUAUUGGUAAAGCUCAAGAAAGUUGUAGGUUUUGAUCUACCAAAUUCAAAACAAUUCUUUAUUGUCAAGUUGGCCACUAUAUAUACCUAUUAUGAGGCUCCCAAAAAUUUUCCAGCGGCUUUGAGAUUGUAUGAUUCUAUUUUGGAUUCAUUUCCAGAUAACUCAGAUGCAAAGGUGGGUAAAGGUUUAGUUUAUUCCCAAGAAGGCAAGUUAGAAGAUGCAAAAGAAUUGAUAAGUGAUGUUUUAGCGGAAUACCCAGACAACAAUAAUGCAUUACUAGAGUUGUCUUGGUGUAAAAUACAGCUUCAUGAAUUAGAAGAAGGUAGGGAAGGGUUGCUUAAGGGGUUUGAAAAUAUUAAGGGUUCAGAUCUAAGGUCUUUUGAUAGGCGGUCGACUAUUUUAUGGAGGUUGGCCCAAAGUUAUAUAUUUGAGGCUGAAUCGGUUGAAGAUGAAAAUGUUAUCACAGAUUUAGUUCAGAAAUCAUAUGACUAUUUACUCCGUUCCUUGAAAACCAACAAGAAUAAUGCUGCUUCGUAUACUUCCUUAGGUUUAAUUUACAAGAAUUAUUAUGAUGAUGAAAACAGGGCUCUCAAAUGUUUCUAUAAGGCAUUUGAUCUUGAUGUGGGAGAAAUCGUGUCAGCAAGAUUCUUAGUUGAGGAUUUUGUUGCCAAAUCAGAUUGGGAGUUGGCUGAAGUGCUAUGUGAAAGGUUAGUGUCGUCAGAGAAAGUAAGACGUAUGCUUCCAAAGGAGAAUGUUGACAAAUCUUGGCCAUAUAGAGUGCUUGGAGUUGCAGCUUUGGAAACCCAAAAAGGCGAAAAAGCAGUGGAAUGGUUUCAAUCAGCGAUUAGAUUAGCUGGUAAUGACGACGUGGAAUCAUGGGUUGGUUUGGGAGAAACCUACCUUGCGUUUGGUAGACUUGAAUCAGCAAUCAAGGUUUUCAAUAGAGCGAUUUUUAUUGAUGAAACCCACUGGCAUGCCAAGUAUUUACUAGGUGUCAGUCAGCAUCUUAUUAAGGAGUACGAGGCUAGUAUUAGUACCUUGGAGUCAAUCUUGGAAGAAAGACCAGAAGAAGAAUGUGUUAUUAUUGCUUUGUAUGAAGCGUUGAUCUCCUUGGCAAACCAUUACAUUGAUGGUGGAUUUUAUGGUAGAGCCGUGGGCUCUAGUUGUAAAGCCAUAGAUUUCUUGGUUACUGCAAGUGCUAAGACUAUCAGAUCUCACAAACUUUGGAAAUCAACAACUGACGUUAUUAGGUUAUUUUUAACUGUUCAAUCUAAGAUUGAACAGUUUCCAUAUAACAAAGUGAUUCUGAUUAUAAAAAAGCUUUAUGAAGAUGUUGAGAGUGAUAAUCCAGAUUCUGAUAAAUCUGAAGAGGAUGAGUUACUUGGGAAAAUCAGCGUCAUCGAUAAAGUCACGAUCGAUUAUAUUGAUGAACUUUCAUUAUCCGAGAAUAUUGUGGAAUUAUUGAACUGUUUAUUGGUUAUGACUGCAAAAUGUUCAAUUUUGUCUCUUCAGAAGAAAACUGCCAAAAUUGUUAGAGCCACAAAUUGGUAUAAUUUAGGUCUUGCCCAAUUAGAGUCAUUCAUUCAAACAGGUAGAACACAGUACCGUGAUGCAGCUAUCGACUCCUUGAAGAGAUCUAUUCAAUUAGAAUCUAGCAAUGCCAACUACUGGGUUUCCUUAGGGGUGGUUAUGGUUUCUGUCAACCCAAGAAUUUCUCAGCACUGCUUUAUUAAGGCUUCUGCGCUUGAUCCUAAGAAUGGUGAGAUUUGGAAUAAUUUGGCUGUUUUGUACUUGAGAUAUGGGGACUUGGAGUUAGCUCAACAAACCUUUGUCAAGGCUCAAAGCAUCGCUCCUGACCUUGCACAUUCAUGGAUUGGUGAUGCCUUGAUGGCCACAGAAUCUGGUGAUAAUGAAACCGCGUCUAAAUUAUUCACCCAUGCCUUGGUUUUGUCUAAUGGACGCUCUCCAAUUGCUCAGUUGAUGUAUGGUAUGUCUGUUUGUAGUAACAGAAUUGGUGCUAAUGAUGAUAAGAUGGAUAUUCAAGCUGCUCAGGAAUUGACAAUGGCAAGUUUCACCAUGAGCAGGUUUUUAAAACAGAAACCGAACGAUCAGGUCGGUUUAGAGAUUGCCUGUGAUAUCGCUGAGAGAAUUGGGGAUUAUGAAUAUGGUGAACAAUUAGCAGCUAAGUUAUGUGAUAUGUUAGAAGCAAAAUAUGAAGAGAAUGAGAGCGAAUCGGUAUUGAUGCAGUAUGCCCAAGCGAAGACUCAAUUGGCGAGACUCAAUUUGGGGAAUGGCAACUAUGAAGGUUGUAUUGAUAAUGCUCAAUUUACGUUAGAUAUCCUUGGAGGCGAUGAGGAUAACGAGGAAGAGAAUGAUGAUGAAAAAUCACCAGAAGUUACAAAAUGCGUUCUAUCAUCAAGAACUGUUCUUGGAUUGGCUUAUUAUUCCUUGGACGAGUUUGGUCAAUCCAUUGAGGAAUUCAAGAAAAUAUUAAGGCAUUCUGGUGGAGAAACUAGCUUUAUCAUUUUAAUUGCACAAGCGUUAUAUAACUACGAUGAUCCAGAAACUAAGCAGGCUGCUCUUGAUGAAUUAUUUGAGUCCAUCACUCAAAAAGGCACUUCAUUGGUCACUUUGUUCAUAUUGGCAUCCAUUGCUCUUAUUGAAAAGGAUGAACAAAUAAUGUUGGUAAUCAAGGAAGAGCUUGAAGGCUUGUCGCUAGAUUACUUAUCAAGUGAUUGCUUUCAUAGAGUCCCAUUAUUGAUCAAUCUUAUUUCCAAAAGAUUGGGUCUUGAAUCCAAGGAAAUCACGCAAUGGCAGCGCCAUGCAACAUAUUUCCCAAAUGAUUACUUGGUUUGGAGGCAUUUGGAUAGCAAAAUUGCUGCGAAGAUUGGAGAAAGUGGUCAAUCUAGCGUCGAUACCAAUGAAUUAUCAAAUUUGUAUGCCGAAACCGGCCAAUUGAGAUUAAUUCAAAGAAGUUUGAUUCUCAAUCCUGGGAAUGCUCAUUCGUACAAAGCUUUGGCUGAGAUACCACAGCAAUGA